UAGAAACUAAUCAUGUUGAAAUAGUCGAAUCGUACAUUUGAUGAUUUGUCUUUUGUAAAAUUUAAACGAAACAUUUUUAUUCGUUGACACGCGAUUUUCUCACGUCAUUUUCUUGCAGCAAGUAAAUAAUUAAUCGGAAAAAUAACCGGAAAAAAUAAUGGCAAUGGAAAUCAGCUAUGUACCACCGGUAUCGGUAACAAUGGUACCAUAUCUAAGUUUAUUAUGUAUAUCGUUUGGAUUAUUUUUCAUAGCAUGGUUUUUCAUAUUGGAAGUGACAAAUAAAUCUCGAAAUAUGCUUAAAGAAUUAUUCAUCUCAUCAUUAUCAUCAUUGUUCAUUGGUUUUGGUGUUGUCUUCCUAAUGUUAACCACACGGAUUUAUAUAUAAAAAAUGAUUAUUGUGGAUUCCAUUCG